AAACCAUCCAGCAACUUGUCCGAAACGCUUUCGGGAAGUCAGAGAAGCCAUGGGACAAGACUCCGUGGACCGAGAUAGCGUUUUCUCCAACUACAAGUCUGUCUUCUCCAGGCAAUUUGCGGUGUCUUUGGCCGUGGAGUUCAUUGGGGUGAUGUUCUUCCAGAUUUUGGGUGCAACUGCCAAGAAAGGAAUGGAGCCAUGGGUCAACGCGCUGGCGUUGGCUGUCUGGAUUUACACAGCUGCCAACAUCUCUGGUGGGCAUUUGAACCCAGCAGUGACUCUUAGCAUGGCCAUUUGUGGUUUCUUUCCAGUGGUGCACUCAGUUGUGUAUGUGAUCCUGCAGAUUGUUGGUGCUAUUUUGGGCGCGGUGAUCACAGCCUUUUUGGUGCCUGGUGCAUCGUUGCAGAUGGGCGAUGGAGGUCCAGGAUGCUUUGAUAGAACCAUCAUCCCAGAAGGCAUUAGCGACAGGCAGGUCAUGUGGUGGGAAUGCAUCAUGACUUUCACUUUGAUCUCUUGCGUCUAUGCCUGUGGUGUGGCAAAGCCUGGUCAUGGCAGCCACACGCCACUGGUGGUUGGCUUUGCCCUGUUUUGUUGUGCUGGCUCUGGUGGUCAGUACACCGGCGGUGCAUUGAACCCUGCCCGUGUCUUGGGCCCUUUGGCGGCCUUUGGUUGCGGAGAUGACAUUGUCGGGAAGUACCUUGGUGGAGAGUGCUUGGCCGCGCUGUUUGCCAUGUCUGUCUUUGCCUUUGUUUCAGGCUUGGGACCUUUGAACCCUUGGAUGGCCAGAAGUGCCUUGGAUUUGUCCUUUCCAGAAGCUUGCUACUUAUGGAUCACUGGAUCCCCACCUGCGCGCUUGCAGAAGACUGGCAGGGAGAACAUCCAUGAUUUCAUGGCGAAGUUCCAAAAGUUCCACUCUGAAACCGAUGAGGAAGAUGCCGCUGAAGCCAAGGAAGAGAGCAGUUUCUUGGAGCGAUUCUUUGGAGUCAAGCGCCGUCAGGCAAAAGCGGCCGUGUCUGACUCUGAGGCCCUUGCCUGAGUGAUCCUGAGUUGCUGGCUAAAGUUUUGAGCACGGCUGGCCAAGUGUUGGCAAAUUUGUGGCAAAGACCUUUCAAAUCCCAGACAAGCGACAGACGUGUACUGUAUAACAACAUUUUGAUUUUGGGAAAUGAGGGAUUUGAACAAGUCCGACUGCUAGACAUUGACAAGAGCUUUGGCAACCGUGCAUUUCUUUUGUCCCAGAAGCCCAAUAGAGGCUCUUAAAUUACCUGAGUUUGUGUCAAACCCGUGUGCAUUCUGCUGUCUAGGCCUCAAAUGAAGACCAAAUUCGACCAAAAGUUCGAUCAAAGUAUCCGCAGUUUUUUUUUGCUAGUUGCAGUUACAAAAUCUGCAUUGGCAGCAGAUCGCCAAAGAUCACCAAACACUUGCGGUAGCAGC